AUGUCGUCAGCUUCUCCCCAGUCUCCUUCGCCGCCGCAGGAUCUCUCGGGUUCGCAGUUAACAAUUCCUUCGGACUCGGAGCCUUUUUCGUCACUCUCCCCUCCCUCUUCGUCACCGCCGCAGUCUUCAGACAACAAUGGCUCACACCCAGUUGUGAUAUACCAACCUCCUACAUUCUGGGGUAUCUUGAGGGGGGCUGCUAUCAAUCUAAUCUUACCCUUUGUCAAUGGUAUGAUGCUGGGGUUCGGCGAAUUGCUGGCCCACGAAUUUGCUUUUCGCCUCGGCUGGAGUGGGACAAAUGUAUGGCCGCGCCAUCGAAGUUCUCAUCCAGUCGGGCCGGGAGUCGAGAUGCGAGGAGAUCCUCUGGAACGAAAAAGAAAAAAUGGCAUCUACGGUCCCGAUGUGGCAGAUGCUGCUGCUUUGGAAUAG